AUGGACAUGGAUGUAGACAUAGACAUGUAUGAAGAUGAGCAUGCUGGUGUAGAGGCAGGUUAUGAGGAAGAAGUUUAUGACGGUGCAGCGAAGACAUAUGGCAUUGGAAUGACAUUUAUGAAGACUUUUGACUCUGAUGAGUAUGCUGCGGAGAGGAUGGAUAAUCCCUACUUCCCUUUCGCUAGCAAACCAGACAGGGAGAUGGCAGUAUUUCUUCUUCAGUCAGAGCUCAGCAUGACAGAUAUCGACAAAUAUCUUUAUCUUGAAUUUUCACUCCUUAGUCACCCCUUGUUAGUUGAUAGCUUUGACUUCAUUCCAUGGAAAGUCUAUGAGUCUGCUGAACAUGUGGUUUGUAUUUACUAUGGUUUCAUGACUGGUAACUGUGCUUGGGAAAUUCAGGAACACCUCCCUGAUGGUGCAACUCUGCUUGGCAUAGUCCUGUCCUCAGACAAGACUAAGGUUAGCAAUCUCUCUGGCAAUCACUACGCUCAUCCACUCCUUAUCACUCUUGCAAAUAUCAACUCUGAGAUACAUGACAAAGGAUCCCUGGAAGCAUAUGUAUAUCCCCCUCGCAAAGUUCAUCUACUGAAGCAAGCUGCAUGCCUGGGUGUCAUGAUGAGCGACCCAGCAGGGUUUACUGAUACACCAGAGGAGCUUACAAUCAUGUGCAUUACUAUGAAUGCAUUGCCUGUCAUUCCUGAUGCCCAAGCUUCUCCAUCACCUGCACAAGAUGUCCUGGGAUCACAACCUCAGGUGGUGCAUAAAAGUAGUUGGCGCGAAGGAGAAAUUGACUUUUGUUUUGCAUUACUUCAAAUGUGCAUUGGGUACUGCACUUUCAAGGAAGACAUCUCUGAUCUGAAGCAAACCUUGGGACAAGAUCAUCACAAUGUCCAGCAUUAUAUCAUGGGUAUUAUUGCUGAUGCUGCCCCUGUUGAAUUCACAACUGCCAUCCAGGCCCUUGUUGAAUUCAGAUAUCUUGCUCAAGCUCCAUGGUUCACAGAUGGAUCUCUUCGACUCUUCCAUUGA